AUUGAGGAAGUGGUCCGACAGAUAAAACAGCAACUCGCUCCUCAGCUGCGGCACAUGCUUGGGAUAUUAAUACCUACAGUAUCGGUUCCUGCGGAGUUGGUAUUAAAUGAAAAUGUCAUCGCUUUGAGACUUUGAAGUCCAGUUAACAGACCGGGCUGUCCUGAAGGAGGAGAGGAGGACUCAGCAUCCGAGCAGAGAGCUGCAGGUGUUUAACACAGUUAUCCAACCCUCCAGCCCUGCUCAUGGCAAAGAUGAGCUGGGCUGCCGGUAAACAGUGUGUAGCCAAGGGGGACCACAGGAAACCAAAACCUGGAGAACUGGCCUACCACAAAGGAGACUUCCUCACUAUUGUUGAAUCAAGCACGAAGAAGGGAUAUUACGAGGCCAGACACAACGCCACCGGAGAGGAAGGACUCAUAAACUCCACCAAUGUGCGUGAAAGAGAGGCUCUGCGUGUCGACCCCAGCCUCAGCCUCAUGCCUUGGUUUCAUGGGAAGAUCUCUGGUCCAGAGGCGGUGUCGAAGCUGCAGCCGGCCGAGGACGGCCUGUUCCUGGUCCGGGAGUCCAUCCGCCAUCCUGGAGACUACGUCCUGUGUGUCAGUGUCUCUGGAGACGUCAUGCACUACCGGGUGAUUUAUCAGGACAUGCAGCUGACCAUCGACAACACACAGUAUUUCUACAACCUCAUUGACAUGAUAGAGUUCUACUCAAAAAACAAAGGCUCCAUCGCUACAACUCUUCUGAAGCCCAAACAAAAACUCGGAGCCAAGUCAGCUAAGUUAGAGCUGUCUAAAACUGGAUGGCUGUUGGACAUUACGAAGCUCAAACUGGGAGAGAGUAUUGGAGAGGGGGAGUUUGGUGCUGUUUAUGAAGGAGAGUAUAUGGGCCAGAGGGUGGCAGUGAAGACCAUUAAAUGUGAUGUGACAGCUCAGGCCUUCCUGCAGGAGACAACAGUCAUGACGAAGCUCCAGCAUAAAAACCUGGUGCGAUUGUUGGGGGUCAUUCUUCACAAAGGGCUUCAUAUUGUCACAGAGCUCAUGACGAAGGGAAACCUUGUCAACUAUCUCAGGACAAGAGGACGUUCAGUUGUAAGCUCAGUUCAGCUGCUCCGCUUUGCUCUGGAUGUGUGUGAGGGGAUGGAGUACCUGGAGUCCAAGAAGUUGGUUCACAGAGAUCUGGCAGCUCGUAACGUGCUGGUCUCUGACGACUGCGCGGCCAAGGUCAGCGACUUCGGUUUGACCAAGUUGGACUCGAAGGUGUCAGAUAACGCCAAACUGCCGGUCAAAUGGACCGCCCCCGAAGCUCUGAAGAAAGAGAAAUUAUCCACAAAAUCAGAUGUUUGGAGCUACGGCGUUCUCCUGUGGGAAAUCUUCUCUUAUGGCCGUCAACCUUACCCUAAGAUGUCCCUGAAGGAGGUGAAGGAGAUGGUGGAGGGGGGCUAUCGCAUGGAGGCUCCAGAGGACUGUCCCCCAGGCGUUUACUCCCUGAUGAGGAUUUGCUGGGAGCAGGAGCCACGCAGAAGACCAGCUUUCCACAAACUGAGAGAGAAACUUGAGCGAGAGAUGUUUGAACGCAGCCCGCGCCUUGGGUCAGAGCGGCGGGAUGGAAUCAGGUCUGGAUCUGGAUGCUGAGCUCACAGUGGUGGGAAUAAAGUGGCGGCUGAUGAAAAGGUAACACACACAUUGUUACCCGAUUCUGUGAAUCACACAAGAUGGCCCGUUGGAGUUUCCACUGGAUUGCUUUAACCUAGCGGACGGGACAAGACAAUCAUUAUGUAACUCUGGUCAUCAUGUAAUGACAAUGAAAAAGGGUUUUACAGUUGGAGCCAUGAAUAUACCAAACUUUGCUUUAGUGGGUCCGAACAAAGCAAAAAUGGGUGAAUCAGACCGUGGUAGCAUGGCUCUAUGGAUGGCAAUGUGGGUCUGUUGGUCACUCCACUACUUUGGUCCAUUGCCAUGAAACUUUGUACAGACAUUCAUGGUCCCCAGGGGAUAAAUCCUAACGACUCUGGUGAUCCCCAGACUUUUCCUUCAGCACCAACAGGUUGACAAGUGAAAUCAAACACGAUCUCCGACACGCCCCUCCAGACGAAAAGGAGCAUUUCUGACGUUUCCCCAAAUACAUUUUUUCUUCCAAUCUUGUGAAAGGCUCAUUGCAUGGGUGGAAUAUGGACUCAAAAAAGUACAAAAUGCAAGUCUUCCUCAAAAAUAAUCCAAGACACACCGUAGUGUUUAAACUAAAUUAAAUUUUAUUUUACAAGGCAAUAAUUGUUUAAAAUGCGUUGCGACCAUCAGGGUCACAUUUGUUAUUCCUUUUAAUAAUACAAAGCUAUUAAGAAUACAUUUUAAACUAGAGGCCAUCUUGCGAUGGGAUCACACUAGCCACAACGCUAAAUUGGACUAGGGGCGUAAUAUCAUGUUUAUUUUUGUUUAUAGCUUAUUUUGUAAAUUGUACAUUUUUAUUCUUAUUUUAUUCUACGUUUUUAUCUAUUCUUUUGUUAUUAUACUGUUUGUCUUGCACCAACAAAGCCAAAGAAAAUUCCUAGUGUAUACCUCUUACACCUGGCAAUAAACACCAUCCUGAUUCUGAUUCUGAUUCUGAUUCUAAAGUAGGGAGCUCAAUGGCUCCUUCCCCGGUUCCUAACCCCCUACUUCUUCCGGCGCUCUUGCUCGGACCACACCCAUCUUCGAACUCGGGUUUUAUUUUGAUCUCAACUACACACCUGUAAAGUUUCGUGACUAUAUCUCGCAUCAGUUUGGACUCUAUCAUGGUGACAAAAUCUGUCCAAGGAGACAGACCUAUAAACACCUGGCAAAGCACUCAAAACCGCUUCUGUGGUAGUUCCUGCUACAGUGGGCGUCUUCAGGACCACAUUUUGCCGUGAUGACACACACACACAGACUCACAAGGUUAAAACAAUACCAGUGUUGCCGUCGCGGCUGGUAAUCAACCCACAGGACAAUGCACAGCCACUAUUUGUGGGGUCUGUUGACACUGUGUUUGUAGUACCAAACCAGAUCCCAUGAAAUGACAAAAAACAACAAUGUACUGUAUACAGACAAAGUACUGUCUGUGUAGCCAAAGCCAAUGGUGAGUGGCAGUACAGCGCCAUAAUGUGUUGGAAAUACUGUACAUUGAGUGUGAAUCUCCUUAAUGACAUAAUAUAAGUCAGUUUAGUCCGACAGGUAAGAGCAUUUAGUGUCUUUUUAUUGCCAUAUAGAUAUGGUACCUGUAUGAUCAAAGAUCUACAGUUUUGCAUGCAGAGAAAACAGGUUAUUUGUAUUUAAUGUCAGGGAGAGAAAUCAGAAAAAGAUUAAAACAUACGUAUGGGAAAGAAAAAGGAAUAAUGUUUAUCCUGGAUUUAAUCUCAGAUCACCCAAAUCUGCUUGUAUCCCAGCAUUAAUGCUCAACAAUAUGCCAUGGACUCAGGGCUUAAUAUGAAAAAUAUUUAAUGUUAUUGCUUGAUUACAGUAAGAGAACAAUUUUACUUAAUAAAUACUUUUAACAAAAAAAACAGUCAGCAUUUUUCUUGUGUGCAGAGAAGAUUGGGAGGCUCAUUUGCAGCAGAUACUCUGUAGGCCUUUUGAUUAAUUCAGUAGUUUUUCACUUCAAAGAUGAACGUUAGCAUUUUACUUUUCCAGAUUGGUUUUUGAAACCAAACCUCAUACUAUGUUUGACACUUUGACCAGUCAGCAUACUUAGGUUGGUGACUUUUUAAUUUAUUUUGUGAGAAUAAAUCUAUGGGAAAUACAGCUUUUAUUACUACUUUCUCUUCCCUCUUUAUAAGAAUUUUGAGAUUAUAAUAGUGACUUUGUGUUAUCCACUGUCCUCUUGGGAUCUCUUGGGAUUUUUGCAGGUACAGAAGGUUGGACUGUUUGGACUGCACAUGAUUAUUUUACAUAUACAGUUAUGUAUUCUAUCUCAUUUCACCAUAUGUGAUUGUCGGCUGCUUUUUUUCAUCUUUCUGUUGAGACUAAUAUAUAUUCAGUUCAAAACUCACCACAAAAUGAAGCCUCUUUUUUGGAUUGCUGUCACGUCACAAGACCAAAUUAAAGAUGUCAUUUGACUUAAGUCUACGUAAGCCUGGUAUUUGUCUCUGUCCCAGGAGACGGACCCCAAAUUGAGGCUUGAUCCUCCUGGUCUCUUGUCUUAUCAUACAGUGCCAGCGAGGGUCCUCCACGAUUUGUUCAAUCUGCUCUGUGUUUUCCUGAAGCUCUCUAAUGGGAUGAGCAGCAAUUUUCUGGACAAGGAUUUAUAAAGGAACCAAAUGUAAAAAAAAGGAUAAUAAAAGAUUUGCUGUCUUUGAUGGCGGCGGAUGAGUUAUAUAUUAUUGAGUGAAGGAUUUUUUUUCUGAAUACCAGUGGUUAUUUCCUGUCUGUUUGUUAGUGCAUAUUUUUAUAGCACUGAUGCAGCAAUAUCGUGAUCCCCAUAUGUUAAUGAGUUCUCAAGAUGUUUCCUCAGAGGGUCUUAUGCCCUCUGAGGUCAUACUUUCUAUGAUGUUAAAGUGAUGACCUUCACCUUUAAUUUUAGGGUGUUAACAUGUAGUCUAACACGUUUUAUAUAGACUGUAGUACCCAAAUGUGCCACGCAAAUGUGACAACAAGCUCUUUCAUUCAUAAAGUAAUGAUGAAAUGAGGCACACCCGCUGAAGAAACAGUUGAGCAGACAAUCACCUACGGUUGGUUGUUUAAAUGUGGAUGUAAAUAGUCUGAAAUCAAAGCUGAGAGUCUGCUCUUUCACCUCAUAGUCACUGUUUUGUUUCAUAUCCACUUUGCUGGAUUACAGAGCAAAAACAACAUAAACCUGCCACUGUUCCACUACUUAUACUGGAGACUGCAUCAUGUACAGUAAGCCCUUUUCAGGACCUUUGUACAGCUCCAAGUUGAGCCGAUGCAGCACCUGACAGUUUGUGGAUGUGCAGCAGUGUGAAAAGGGGAUGGUGUACUCUAGAACUACCUAAAGGUGUUUAUCUUUAGGUUUAGGUUUAAGUAGAUUGUGGUCACUUCAGAAGGUCUUAGGUCAGUACUGGAGGUGUUAGACAUAAGAUGCUCAUCCAAGACAACUCUCAUUUUAGCAUCUGCUCAUCCCUGGAGAUGUAUUUUCCU